AUGAGAUUAGCCAACUGCGCAGGAGAUAUUAUAGUGCUCAAGUGUACGCGCAGACACAAGUGCACUCUCUAUUCCUAUCACUCUCAUACUCCGGUGGGACGACCACUCGACACGACCGUUCCAGUCAAAACUAAAAAGAACACAUUUUCUUCUGAAAAUCAUUAUAAGGAAAAUUAUGUAACAUUUCAAGCAGCCAUGAAGCUCACUGUUCUAAUGGGCCAAUUCUUUGGUCUAAAUCCAGUUCUUGGAGUUACUGACGAAGACACAUCGAAACUUAGAUUCAGAUAUUUCUCCGGGCGCUGUAUUUACACGUAUCUGUCAAUAUUUGUUGAACAUGGUUUAGCAGAACUUUCGGGAUUCGUGAUGGCAGCAGACUGCAAUCCAGAUAAAAUUUACGAGACAUUCAUUAUGCACAGCUUUCCUUGGAUUAGUCAACAGUUAAACUAUAGUUUCGUCCUUGGAGCACUGACUCAGUUUUUUAACAUUCAAUGCACAUUCAACUGGAAUUUUGCUGAUGUGUUUGUUAUUUGCAUCAGCUUUUACUUGACUUCGAGGCUAGAACAAAUAAACCGAAGGAUGAGUGCUGUGAAAGGAAAAUCGGUACCAGUUUUAGUUUGGCGGUCACUAAGGGAAGAUUACCAUAGAGUAACAAAUCUCGUCAGACGAGUGAAUGAAGUGAUUGGCAGCAUCAUAUUUAUCUCCUUCGCAAACAAUUUAUUUUUUAUCUGUCUGCAACUUUUGCAUACUCUAGCAGAUGGAAUCAAAGCUAUUCCAGGUUGUCACUAUCCAGAUAAAAGGCCACUUAGAGGAUAUGAACAGCCAGCAUAUUUCACAUACUCGCUUAUAUUCCUCAUUGUCAGAUCUUUGGCAGUUUGCCUUAUAGCUUCCGGAGUACACACAGCAAGUCGCACACCGGUUUAUACUUUAUAUGAAGUGCCAUCAUCAGUUUAUUGUGUUGAGGUGCAAAGGUUCAUCGAGCAGAUCCAUGGAGAAACUGUUGCAUUAAGCGGCCUACAAUUCUUCAAAGUUAAACGCGGAAUGGUUUUGGCUAUAGCCGGAACUAUUGUGACGUAUGAACUUGUUCUACUCCAGUUCGCUGGCGUCACGCCCACUGUAACACCUCUGCAUAGCGAUGAUGAUUUAGCU